GGGAAAUUCAUUUCGUUGUAUCAAAUUGAGACAAUGACAAUAAAUUUGAAUACAAUACAAUACAACUUGGUGAAUGUGGUACCUGUACCAGUUUUAAGUUGUUUAAAUGGAGAAUAUUCAGAGGAAAGCAAACCUUUUGGAAGCAAGAUCAAUAAAAAUUGCUGGACUAACUCUGUGGGUCAGGCAGCAACUCUGGAGAAAAGCAAUAGAUGAUGUAUAGGGUCGAGACCCUUCUGUACUGUACCUGUCACCCGUCCCAUCACAUUUUUAACCACAUCCAACCUUGGCAAAAUUGCUAAAGUACUGAGCAGAGCACCAAUCCUAUCUAAAAGUCUACAUUAACGAGUCCAAAUAUUAUUUGGAAGGGAAUGAAAGAAAGUUGCAUUAUGAAUACACUGUGAAUCCAGCAUUGAUUCUGCUAGCAAUUCAUGGAAUAGGACAUAGUCUGAUUAUGUAUUUCACUGGGCCAGUUUGCACCUGGGAUCAAAUGUGUCAAUGAGUUAUGUUUUGGCCUUUUGUGUAAGGGAGGAAUAGGAGUGAAUUCCACUAUUGUUAGAGAGUGAUCCUGUGUUUAAUUAAAAAUUAUUUGUAUUUUAGGCAACUUUAUUUGUAGAUACAUACAAUGGAGUUGGAAUAGGGCCUCCCCAUUCCAACGACAUGUAAAUUACAAUGACAUACAAUUCAGAAACUAAUAUUUUUAAAAUAGUUCCUACUCGUUGUUUAAAGAAAAUACUCAGAUUGCUCAUCCACGUGCUGCAAACCGUCAGCCCUCCAUUAAAUAACGUCUUAAAAAUCAAUAUUGACAGCCAACUGUAUGCUUUCACUUUCUAUGUUUCAAAGUGGAAUAUUAAACAAUUUCCAGGAACCAAAACAAUUAUUCUCCUUCAACAGACCAGCUCCACAAACAUUUGAAAAUUAUUACAAACGCCACAACCCAAUCAAAAAUGGCUGUUUAAUUUCUGAACUAAGUUCACCCGCACCUGCCAAUUUGCAAACUUCGGUCUCACUUCCACGAAUGCACCUGUUGUUUUGAUCUGCUGAGUCAGGGGAACUGAUUUGCUUGCGCAAACGAACAUUAGUAGCGAAGGCAGUGUAAUAACUUGCUGCAAAGUGAAGUGCAUUUUUAAUGGUUUUUCGUUACGUGCGGUUGUGGGAACAGGCAGGACCUUGGGUUAUGCACAGACAAUACUCAGUGAAGAAGUUACCGAACCAGUCGCCAUGGACCGCCCCUUGUUAGCACAGCCGGAGGCGGAGAUUUGCGCUUCGCUCGGCGAUGAAAGGGUGAAGGGAGACGCUGUGUUUACAUCGCGAGUGCAACCAGGAAUACUCCCGGAGCAGGAAGAACCGGAGAUUUGAGAGGAGGCGAGGCGAGAAAGUCCUAAACGCCGAGGACAGGCUGGAAAUGCGGAGGUGCUUAUUGGCCAGGAGAAGUUUGAUUUCAAGAAGUGGAAGGUGCGCCCGGGAGGAACGUGCAGCGUGACGGUGCUGUCUGCGAGCCGGCCACGGGCAUGAGAGGCGCCGCGGAACGGAGGGGGUCCCGGGCCAGGGCGAGCGCCUGGUCCCCGGAGCGACGCACUUCAGGCUCCUCAGAGUUACUUGGUGACGGGACAGGGGACAACCCGGACAACUCCCAGCUUCCGGGCUUGAUGGACCUGCUGACCAACUUCGCCAAGGCGUUCGUCUACCUUUUCCCCAUCUACCUGACCGGCUACUUCGGACUGAGCCUGACCUGGAUCGUGUUCGUGCUGUUCUUCUGGGUUUGGUGGAAGAGGAACAGAGGCUGGAAAUUUGCUCGUCUGCAAGCAGCGUUUCAGUUGCUGGACGACGAAAAAUUCGUGAUCACUAAUGAGAUCAAGCAAGAUCUUCCUCCGUGGAUUUUAAAACAAGCAUGGCCAUAUUUUGGGAUAUACCUGGAAAGAAUAUUUAAAGACGUCAUUGAGCCUUCAAUAUGUGGAUCAAAUGUUUGCUUGAAAACCUUUACGUUUGCAAAACUUAAUUUUGGUGAAAAGUCACCUAAAAUCACUGGUGUUAAGGUGUACACUGAGGAGGUGGACAGACGGCAGGUGAUCAUUGAUUUGCAAAUUAGCUACAUAAGUGAUUGUGAAAUCAAUGUAGAGGUGAAGAAAGUAUGUAAAGCUGGCUUAAAGGGAAUUCAGCUGCACGGUACACUCCGAGUGAUACUGGAGCCCCUCUCCAGUCAGAUGCCCCUGGUUGAAGCUGUGACUUUGUUCUUCCUUCGCCGACCAGUGCUGGAAAUCAACUGGACAGGACUAACCAAUUUACUGGAUAUUCCUGGACUCAAUGGGUUGUCAGACACAAAGAUUCUCGACACUAUUGCUUCAUAUAUGGUGUUGCCAAAUAGGUAUACUUGCCCAUUGAUUGAUCAAGUCAGUGUUUCUCGGCUAAGAUUUCCUUUACCACAUGGUGUUGUGAGAAUACAUCUUAAUAAAGCUGCUAAUUUAAUAAGGAAAGACACAUAUCUAAUGGGUAUGGUGCAAGGAAAGUCUGACCCAUAUGCUGUUAUUCGAGUUGGGACACAGACCUUUCGCAGCAAAACUAUCAAAGCAAAUUUAAAUCCCGAAUGGUAUGAAAUGUAUGAGGCUGUAGUUCAUGAGGCUCUUGGUCAAGAUUUGGAAAUGGAACUUUUUGAUGAGGACCCUGAUAAAGAUGACUUUCUGGGAAGCCUUGUUAUAGAUCUUGGUGAAGUCAUGAAAGACAGAAUUGUGGAAGAGUGGUUUCCUCUGAGUGAUGUUGAGCAUGGAAAAGUUCAUCUAAAACUUGAAUGGCUGUCCUUGCACACUGCCUUCGAAAACAAAUCUGUGGAAAAUGCUCUGAAGCAGACUAUACCUUGCAAAUCGAACGCGGUACUGGUUGUUUAUCUGGAUAGUGCGUAUCAUCUGCCUAGAAAUCAGUUUGAAUAUACAAACAAUGAAUACAGCAUAAAGAAAAAGAGCAAGCCAAAAUACAUCAAGUCAAUAAAGAAAACAAACCUGGAACCUAGCUGCUCUGUUCAGCUUGUGGUUGAAAAUAUCAUGCAAGAAAGUAAGAUUUGCUACAAUACAAGUGCACCAGUCUGGGAACAAGCGUUUACAUUCUUCAUCAAAAACUUGCAUUCUGAGGGGCUAAACAUAGAGAUCAAAGACAAAGACCGGGAAUGUGCUCUUGGGGUCUUGACUGUCCUUUUCUGCCAUUUGUUGAAAGCUUCUGAUAUGACCCUGGACCAAAGGUUCCCACUAGAUCAUUCAGGACCCAGCAGCCUUAUAAAAUUGAAGGUGGUUCUUCGGGUGCUAACUAAUGAGGAACCCGAUGCUGACAGUGUCUACGCAGGCCUGAAUGCCCUUAAAAAAGGUCCCAUUUCAGUGAAGAAGAGGAAAACUGGAAACAAACCCAACACUCCUCCUUCAACACCAAUAUUACCAAAUGUUUCAAAGAUGUUUGAAGAUAGCAUAGCAUGUGACCAAACGGAGAAAAUAGAAGAUAAUAAACAGUCUAAAAAUACUGAUGAAAUUAUACCAAAACUGCAAACGGCCCCAACGCAAGUCAGUGCCUCAGAGGCCACAACCGAGAAAUCCAGUACUAUAAAAACUGCCAGUUCCAUUGUUAAUCUUCAAGAUGGUGAUCUUCAUCUGCAAAAUGGCACAGGACUGAUUGAAGAACCUCUAGGCAAAAUCCAGCUGACUGUGCGUUAUUCUACACCUCGCCAUUCUCUGAUUGUAAUUGUUCACUGUUGCAGAAGCCUAAUACCCUGUUCCACUGAUGGAUCAGAUCCAUAUGUCCGAAUUUAUCUUCUUCCCGACAAAAGCUGGUCAGGCCGGAGAAGAACACAAGUGAAGAAGAAGACUGUAGAUCCACAAUAUGAUGAAAAAUUUGAAUUCUCAGUUUCAUUGGAAGAUAUUCCUAAACGAAAAUUAGAUCUUGCCGUAAAAAACAACCGGUCAUUCCGAUCCCAUGAGAGGAAAGAACUUGGAAAGGUAUUGAUAGACAUUCCAAAGGAUAAUUUAACCCCAGGUAUUACACAAUGGUAUAAAUUAACUGACGAUGGAUUGCCAAGCAAAGAAAGAAUUGUUUGAUAUACCUGUAUACAAUUAACCUAAAGCCUAAUUUGAUUUUCUACAUAGAGUGAAGGAGGAUUUUGAAUAUGUUUCUGUUUUAUUGCUUGGUAAGCUGGCUGUCAAAUGUGUUCUAUUCAUUUCUUUUCGAUAACAAAUUAUCCUGUUUUUUGAAAGAUGCUUGGAAUAUAUGCCUAAAAUGUCUUAAAUUGAUCAAAUUUUAUGUCAGUUAAGUUCAACAUAGUCUAAACUGGGCCAUCUACUGUUAAACUGAAGGAGCACCUGUUAAACUGGAUGUAACAGAAGGGAAGCUUGUAUAUUGAAAUAGGAUUUUACAUGGAACAUGGUUUCUUUAAUGAUAUUUGUAAGACUUCUCUUAAACAUUUUGUUCUCCCAUUGGUUUGUGAACAUAACAUUUCAUUCUUGAUGUUAGCCUGAGGUGUAUAAUAUGGAUUCACGUGGGCAGUUUAAAUGCCUGCUUUUUAAUGUGCAUUUUCUCUACAUUUAAUUUAAUUUUUGCUUUAAUACAAUGUGCAAUUAUCUUUUUGGGUAUAAUACCAGUUUUAUAUCAGUCCCUUGAAUCAAUUUUGCUAUCAAUGUGAUGCAUGUUAACAAGAGUAAAGUCGUGGAUUUCAAAAAGCUGGCAAAAUAGUUAAUUACAAAUAGAAUUGUGUCCCUUCAUGUUUUAUCUAUUGUCCACAAUUGUAAAUAUCAUGUGAUGCUGGUUAUUUCCCGAGCCGAAAAGGCUCUGGGCAUGGCUACUGGAAUAUGAAUUCCUAUUUAUUAGCUGCUGUAAAUAAAUUAAUCUAAUUUCAAACAA